UCUCAAGGAGGUUCAUUCUAGCCGGUUGAGCAAGGACCCGGUAGUAGAGAUGCAGAUGCCGUGCCUGCACAAUGCUGCUCUCCACUUGACUCCUGAUUUUGAAAUUCUAAUAAUUGCACCAGAUUGAUUUUAGCCACGGGGCAGUCGUUCUUACAGCUUCAUCAGUCAGUGCUCAAGAGAAGAUUCGCAGGAGGUGCGAGGAUCAUGACGGAUGCCGUGCGCCCGCGGCGCACCGGGCAACAGCGAACAACCACGUCCAGGACGACCGGAAAUACAACUAGUGGGAGAGACAGCGACUCCUCUUCCCGUCGACGGGGUGACGCAGCACGCAGCAGAAGUAGAAGAGGAGGACAACAGGUUGUCCAGAGCAGCACUCUAUGGAUUGUAAAAGUCUCUUACUCGUAUAAAUGCAUUACAAAUUUCCUCAGCAUGAGAAAGAAAAUUCGUAAUGCGGAUUUACCUUAAAAAAAGGAUUUGUAAUGCAUGACUGCAAUACGAGUGCGAUACUUUUGCGCAGGAUACACUCCCACCUUCUCGCAGCGUCCCCCGCAGGUUCUGAUGUCGAAGAGGAUGUUGCCGCCGGAAGAUCUAUCAAACAAAAAAGUGUUGACGUUAACGGUUUUCACAAAUUAUGGCAGUCACGCAUUACAAAUUUUGCCCUUCAUGCAUGCUAUGCAAUACAAAUUUGGGCACUUUUUCUGAUGCGUUACUGCAUCACAAGUUCCGUUAACGUUAACACUUUUUCCUGUUAUAAGAUCACAACACGAACAAAGAUGUUCAUCUUGAGGAACUUACCUACGCCCCUGAAGAUGCAACACCGGUUUAUAACUACACAGGAGGUGGACCUGGAGAUUCGAAAACGACUAUCGGGAGUGCGCAAACAAACACAGUUUCGUCUUUACCUUCCGGACGUGGUCGAACCACCAUCCUAGCAAAAACCUCGUCGAAGCAACUCGUAGCGCAGCCAGCGUUACGUACCGGGACGCAUGAGAUGCUGCAGAGCAUGACAAGUUCAAGUAGAACUUCAAGCACUAGUACAACUACUACUGGCCAUCUGUAUCAGUAUGAUCUGCAGCUCGUCACAGCACGGCCACCUACUUCGUCAUCCAGAACUCUGUACAGAAUCGACGAUUAUCUGAACAAGAAGCAGGAAAAGCAGCUGGAGGAGAAGUUGAAGUGGUGGUACGACAGUAAGCGCUGGUCCGUUUUCUACACGCGCAGGGAAUCCGCGCUGCGGUUUCUUCUCCUUUUGUCCGUUUUUUACUUCGCGCUUCUCGGGUACCUGCUGUUGACCACGAAAUGGGCGACGGGGUUGGUGAUUUCCGAUUCGCCAGCCGUAACGAGACCGUUCAAAUCGCUGGAAAUCCGGUCCAGUUUGUUUUACGUCGACACAAAUUUGCAGUGCAGCGCAGGCGGGUCAUCAUCCUCUGUGCGAUGGAACUACAAGAACCCGGCAGCUAGUACUAUUGGGCGAACCGGAAGAGCAGGAACUACUGGCGCAGCACCGGCAAGAAACAGCGAUGAAUUAUUACAAGAGGAACAGAAAGCGAUGCUCGAAGAUAACUACGACUACAACAACGCGGAGGUGAUGUUGGAAGGUCAGAUGAACGAGAGAUACUACCGAGUUCUGUGCAACUGGUUUCAGUACAUUCACGGACGCGCGAACUUUCGGGACUUCAUCUCUUGGGCCUGUAGCAGUUUGCCAGCGCAGAGGGACGCGGUAUUCAGAUUCAACAACUACAUAUAGAAUGUUGAUGCGGGUGGAGCGGAAGGAGAAUGACAGAUACAUUUUCUGAUGCAGACUCAGAAUUAGAUGCAUUUGCUUUUGCAUUCAUGUUCAUCACAAGAUUAAAAAUACCUCCAAGAAAAAUUUCGUCGCCCAAGAAUAAGAAACAAUAACUAACCUCGUCCACCAGGCGAUUUCCAAUCUGUUCCUGGACAAAAACCUACUCUGCGAUGUGGCGACCAAACACGCGUCGCUGCACCAGUUUUUUUCCGCGAUCGUCACGCCGUUUCUCCUCAUCCCCAUGCUGGGCUUCACCGUCAUCUGGGGCAUCUGGCUCUUUCAACCGGCGAACACGGUGUUCGGUGACGUCGCGAUGCUGUGCUUUUUGCUACCGGUGUUCGUCGUGCCAGGGAUGUUUGCUGUGUACAAAGCACUUUCGGAUUUUUUUGUCGUGAUGUACCUAACUAUGAACGCUAUGAAUGAAGCAGCACGCUUUUCUUGCUUUGCUUUUGGCGGUAAUAAAGCCGCCGUAUCUUUUGCGUACUUGAGACACGACAUAUUUCUAUCAAAUGAAUUUGUGUAUCACUAUCAGCCGUACCAUGGUGAUUCAAGACCUUUCCGUCGAACUUUCGCCGCUCCUGGACAUUCCCCGCGAGAUCCUCCGGCGGCCGGACAUUGACCUCGAUUAUCUCCAGUACCUCAUCACCAACCCGUCGGAGAUGCCGACCCACGUGGAGGCACAGAUGGAACUCAUCUCCCGCACAAGCGAGGAUUUUUACCUCACCCAGGAGUGGUACGACUCGUUUUCGCUGUGGCGCUGGCUGGGAUUUGUCCCCUUCGCGGUGGUGUUGUUCACCUCUCUGCUGUACUGGAGCGUGGUGGUGCUGUAUGUGUUUGUCUCGCCCGAAUCCAUGCUGGUGCCCAGUUGGGUGGAACGAAGUGCGAGGAGAAUCCGGUGGCACGUGCUGGGAGGACAUUCGGUAUUCUUAGAAAUAAAAAUGAAGCGAGAAAAUUUUUUUCCCGCGCAUGCAGAUGCAGGUUUCCUUGCGUGGCAUGAUUCAUUUUUGCAAGAAAUUGAAUUGUAUUGAUCAGCGUCUUUGAUUGCCAUAAUUGCGAUUGGUGUCACAUUUUUUCGCCAAAAAAAUCAGAACCACCGCUACGCCGGGCUGGCCAGCGCCACACCUUUGUUUGUGAAGGAGAACCCGGAAUUUCUGGCGGAUGUUGGUGAGGAGGAAGAAUUUUAUUGGGAGGAGGGGGAGAAUGAAGACAGUCGUCGAGGACAGGUGAAGCACAAUCUAGCUAUUUCUGAUGCUGGUACUAGACCACAGCAACGCGACUUCAAGCAGUUACCAGACCACAAACAGAGCGAGGAAGACCACGGCGGCGCGGAUGUCUUGUCCGAUGAAUACGCGACUUCGUCGCCGACUGUGAGGGAACAAGUAGAUGAGCGGGUAGUUGCAACUUCAUCAUCAUCGGCGGAAGAUGCGAUCAUCGCGAAAAGUAGAAAUCGUAGUAGAAGUGACAAAAAACAAGGCCGCCAUCAAAAGCAUCGCGUUAGUAGCAGCAGGACAAGCGGAAGCGCAGAAGUGCGGGAAGUAAAAUCAUCUUCGAGCAUCAAAGUCGCGGCAGCAUCAAAGGCCGCACACCGAGAAGACGACGAUGUUAAAAACAAUGCGCGAACUGUGUCGAAGGAAAGCACGACGGUCGAGGAGGAGGAGGAUUUGUUUUCUUCGGGCGAUCCACAGAGAUUGAAGGUUCCCGUUUCGAACGAUGCAGGUUUCUCGUCAAGAACGCAAAAAGACGUUCUUCGGUCGACAACUUCACCAGGCGGCCGCGGCGUACAUUCAUCAUCUUCGUCAAGACGAAAGGUCACUCAAGAAGAAGAAGAAGUUCUUGAAGCAGUGACAAGCGCAGUAGUUGUUUCCGGCGAACAUGCCCCUGCCACCGACCGGACCACGACGGAAAAUGGCUAUGGCGAGAUUCUUCCAACUUCAACUGCCGAUAGCAGUUCCGGUGUAGCGAAGAGUGCUGACGAGAAAAAUGACAGUAUCUCCACCUCGACAGCGUCUACUUUGUUUUCCGCCCAACAGCAUCAAAAGCGCAGUGAAAGUAACGUUACCACGACGUCUUCCUCUUCCACCGCUUUGCUGCACGAGGACUUCGAGCAGUUUAUCAGCAGAGGACGAACUAGUAGCAAGACCGAGAUGUUGAACAUGAACACCAGUGGACAAAUGACGUUCUUCGAUGCGAAUCGUGUGGAUAGUGAACUGGGACGAGAUGUACUACUGCCAGAGGGUGGUGCGCUGGGCAGCAGGACGCUGGUAGGUGGUGUGGGAAGUAGUGAAAGUAAAACGGGAGGUGCUGCUGUUCCUGUUGUAUCAAAGACGUUUCUGUCGAGUGCUGACAAUACUAAAUCUACGUCAAGUCCGACGAAUUUUUCCUCUUCGUCGAAUAGCACGAACAGUAGACCUAUUUCCAAGAAAAGCAACAAGACGAACCCAUUUUCGUCUCCGGAUGACGACGGAAGUAGUUUUUUGAAAAGACCGAAUGGCUGAGAUGUGACAGUUAAGCUGGAUGAAG